AUGGCCCGUUGUGAGGAGGGCAGCACGGCGCGUAUGGUAAUUCCAGGGUCCCCUGAAGUUUGCAGUAAGGGGUUGCAAAGAAAGGGGCCCUGUGAGCGACGCCGGCUGAAGGCGAAGGUGUCGGAGCAGCUCAGCCAAGAUCUGCUCAGACUUCUAAGAGAAGAAAUCUAUACAGAUGUUACUUUCUGUAUAGGUUGUACUUUGUUCAAAGCACACAAAGCAAUCCUCUUAGCAAGGGUUCCUGACUUCUAUUCUCAUACUAUUGGAAAGACAUCAAAUGAUUUAACAAAUCAUGAGCUUGUUGUGGAGAACUUUGAACCUUCAGAAUUUAGGAAAUUUUUACAGAUUGUAUAUUCAUCAAACAGAAACAUAAAGAACUACAAAGAGGAAAUUCUAAUGAAAAAGAUACUAGACAGUGAGUUACCACCAAAGAAACCUGACCUAAGUCUAAAAAAGUGUAUGGACAAUGUUGAUUGUUCUCUUCAAAAGAAUGAAAUUUCAGAGAGUAUCAGCAUUAGUGAGAAUUGUUUAAUUUCUACUGAUAAUUCUGAUGUGGAACCUGCAUCUGAGUUAGGAGAAGAUAUACUGAAACUUUAUGUGAACCACUGUUGCCCAGAUAUUGAUAUUUAUGUUGAUGGGAAAAGAUUUAAAGCUCACAGAGCCAUUUUAAGUGCCAGAUCUAGUUAUUUUGCUGCGAUGCUGAGUGGCUGUUGGGCGGAAAGCUCCCAGGAGUGCAUUACUCUUCAAGGGAUAAACCAGGUAGAAAUGAAUGUUAUGAUGUAUUUUAUGUAUGGAGGAACUUUGGACUUUCCAGACAAAGCUAAUGUUGGUCAGAUACUCAAUGUGGCUGAUAUGUAUGGACUAGAAGGAUUAAAAGAAGUAGCGAUCUAUAUUUUAAGAAGAGAUUACUGUAAUUUCUUUCAAAAGCCUAUUCCCAGAAGAUUGACAUCUAUUUUAGAAUGCCUGAUUAUUGCUCAUUCAGUUGGUGUGGAAAGUCUUUUUGCUGACUGCAUGAAAUGGAUUGUAAAGCAUUUUGCAAGAUGUUGGUCUGAGAGAAGCUUUGCUAAUAUACCUCCUGAGAUUCAGAAAAGCUGUCUUAAUAUGUUGAUUCAGUCCUUAGUAAGUAUAAUCUAA